AUGUCGCUUAUACAAAGCAUCACGCAAAGAUCCACUACAAUAUAUGUACCAAAUCACCUUAUUCCUUUUGUCUGUGUCUUUAUCAUUGCAAAGACACCUGCAAUCCUGCUGGUCGGGUUUGUUCUUGGUUAUAUCAUGAUUCAACCCAUCAUGAUUGAUCCUUCUCCCAGUACAGCUACCAUCACACCUGGUAAUAAAGAUAUCAAGUUGAUUGAAGCCACAACCAAUCAUGUAAAUAAAUUAGGAGAUGAAAGUAGUAGUAUUAGUAGCAGCAGCAGUAGCAGUAGUAGUAGUAGUGAUGAGGAGUGUAUGCCCAGUAGUAGCAAUGUUUCCUUGUUCUUAUUGGACGAUGAUGAUGAACCCAUGUCCAACUCUUCCAUUGAUUUCGAAAACCUGAUGAAAUUUCCUUCUUGUCCUACCACAUUACCAAGAUUGGACACACAUUUCAACUUUAUCGAAGAUGAUCACCAUCAUAUUCAAAGUCCUAACCCGUCUCAUAUUGAUUGGCCUGCCAUCAAUCAAGAAAUUGAAUAUGACCAACAACGUCAAGCUGCUACGGAUCUUUUUUCAACCACACAUGAAAAACUCAAUCAUCAUUUCCCACCCCUUUAUUCAGCAUCUCUCACAAAGCGAGAAUCGGAUAAUGUAGCUGCAGUAUUGAUGGUAGAAAAUGAACAAGAUGAAAACUUUUCUAUAAAUAUCCAAGAUGAUCUAUUAAUAUUCCCCCAACAAGAUGAAGUAACACCUGUAGCGCCUUGUAACAAACCUUCUUUAUCUAGUCCUGGCCAACUUUUUAAAAGCAAGUUUCAAAAAGCUGUACAAAAGAUGAAGAAGUCUUCCCUUCAUCAUUAUAUGGAUGAUAAUAUGAGUAAACGAUCAAGUACUCCCACAAAGAGAGCUGCUUCUCUUCAGUUAAAUUCCUAUUUUGAUCGAGAAGACCCUUUAUUUGUACCCAUCUCUCCUCGUCCUUCUGCUUCUGCUCGCGUGCAUGGUCAUUUUAAAGGUCGAUUAAACAAGUUAUUUAAGAAGUAG